AUGUCAACAUUUAUAUUAAGUAAAACCCAAAGAAGCAAACCUUUAUUACUCUGUAAUGGCCUUAAUUAUACUAUCGACAAAACAACUGAUGAUAAAAUUUAUUGGAAAUACGAGUUUGCUCGAACGCUUAAAUGUAAAGGUCGAGUUCAUACUAAUUCUCUUAAUACCAUUAUAUCACAUGAAACUAAUAACCAUAAUCAUCUUGGAAAUGCUGUUUCAAGUGAAAUUCGAAUAUUUGAAGAAAAAAUUCGUGAUCGUACUAUUAACUAUAAUGAAUCUACACAAACUAUCAUUGAUAAUUGUUUAACGAAUUUAUCGGAUAGUACUGUAUACCAUAUUCAUGAUCCAAACGCUAGCUAUACAUCCAAUACGGAUACUACAGAAAAAACAAAUGUCAAAUUACAAUAUAGAAGAAGAUAUGCUUGUAAACGAAUUAAAUUUACUAACAAUAUUAACUUUAUAGAUAAUUAUGAUCGUGCUGACGAUGUUAUUAUACCUGAAGAUGUUAUAGUUUGUGAGAAACAAGAACUUUUGUUUUGUGGUCGUCAUGCUCUUAGAGCACUUGUGCAAAAUGUAGAAAUAUUUGAUGAUACAAAUUUAAUUAGUUUAGCAAAAGAACUUGCAACACAAGAAAUAGUACUCCAUCAAGAUAUAAGUAUAUACCAAGAAUUUUAUUUCAAUCAUGUCACUGGUUAUUAUCACAUUGAAAUUACUUAA